AUAUACACACAGAUCUCUACAUUUAUUAGAGAACCCACUUUUGAUUUUUCUUGAAUCUCUCUCUCUCUCUCUUUCUCACAGUCUGUUAAGUUAUUAUAACCAUUGAAGGAAACUUUCAUCAAGCAAUGGUUCUUCUUGGUUUCUUCUUACGGAUCAUUACUUUCACUCUGACUCUGACUCAGCUCGUUGAUGGGUUUCAGAGUCGAAUGUUGAUGAACAAUGGACUUGCUCUCACUCCUCAGAUGGGAUGGAACAGCUGGAAUCAUUUUCAGUGUAACAUCAAUGAAACUCUCAUCAAGCAAACCGCUGAUGCAAUGGUUUCAAGUGGUCUCUCUGCAAGAGGUUAUAAGUAUAUCAACAUAGGUAAUUCAAUGAAGACCAUUGUUUGGUGUUUGUUACUCUGUUUUUUUUCUCAUAUCUCUGUUUCCUUAUUAUUGUCUACUGUUUUUUUCUGUGUGUUUAUUACAGAUGAUUGUUGGGGUGAACUUAAGAGAGAUGCUCAGGGAAACAUGGUUGCCAAAGCAUCAACGUUUCCUUCAGGGAUGAAAGCUUUAUCAGAUUAUGUUCAUAGCAAAGGGCUUAAGCUUGGGAUCUACUCUGAUGCUGGGACUUUUACCUGCAGCCAAACCAUGCCAGGAUCACUCGGACAUGAGGAACAAGAUGCCAAAACAUUUGCCUCAUGGGGGAUUGACUACUUGAAGUAUGAUAACUGCUUUAACACAGGGACAAGUCCAAAAGAAAGAUACCCAAAGAUGAGCAAAGCUCUGAUGAAUUCAGGAAGAUCCAUUUUCUUCUCUUUGUGUGAAUGGGGACAAGAUGAUCCAGCAACAUGGGCAGGAGAUAUUGGUAACAGUUGGAGAACAACAGGAGAUAUCCAAGAUAACUGGAAGAGCAUGACAACAAUAGCAGAUCAGAAUGAUCGAUGGGCGUCUUACGCAAGACCAGGAUCAUGGAACGAUCCAGACAUGCUCGAAGUGGGAAACGGAGGCAUGACUAGAGAAGAGUACCGAUCACAUUUCAGCAUAUGGGCAUUGGCAAAAGCUCCUCUGCUGAUUGGGUGCGAUCUAAGAUCUAUGGACAAAGUCACCUUUGAGUUGCUUAGCAACAAAGACGUGAUUGCUGUUAACCAAGACAAACUUGGGAUCCAAGGAAAGAAAGUCAAGAAAGAUGGUGAUCUUGAGGUAUGGGCAGGUCCUUUAAGCAAGAAACGAGUAGCAGUCAUCCUAUGGAACAGAGGAUCAUUACCUGCAAACAUCACAGCUGGAUGGGAAGACAUUGGUCUUCAUUCAUCAGCUAUUGUUAAUGCUCGUGACUUAUGGGCGCAUUCAACACACUCGGGGGUUAAAAAACAACUAUCUGCUCUAGUGGAGCCUCAUGCCUGCAAAAUGUAUACGCUCACCAGACGCAAAGCUUAAGAUGCUGUUCUUCUAGAGAGCUAGAGUCAAUCAAGUGAAACUGAUCUCUAGCCAAAUACAGUUGAAUCCUGAAGAUUUUAUCAAUUUUCUCUUAGUCAAUCUAUGCUGGAUAUGAGAUGCCAGCAUCAUAAAUGAUCAAUCCAAAUAACAUUAUAAUAAGAAUAAAUUUGAUAAAUAUCAA